GACACGGGCACCACAUCGAGUGCGGUGAAUAGUUGAAUAUAUUGUUUAGUCAACUUCUAUGAUUCGGAGCGUUUGCACGUAUAUGUCUCGAUUGUGCGUGUAUAUUUAUUAAUUUUUUUUUAUUUUACACAACGAUUCUUUCCACCUUGAGAGUUCGGAGAGCGUUUGCUUCGAUUUGAAUCCCGCGAUGACAGUACGGCGAACGACGUAGCAGACGAGAAAUCUGUUUUCGGCGACCGUAAAACAAUUUAGAAGAAUCGUUUGAUGAAUCGUGCGUUUAUGGAAAGAAUCCAGAAGUCGCUCGUGUAUGCGAAUUUGCUUCUCGCAUAAGCAAAACAAACCAGUGGCCAGUGAAACUCAAGAAAGUCUGAAUCAAAAGAUUGGUGAAUAUUCGCAUAAGUGAUAACAGAAAGUAGCAACAUUUUAUGGAAAAAGUGUUCGAGAACCCGAAAAUGUGCACUGUUGUGGGAUCGAUAGAAAACGCAAAUGAAAGACGUGCAUUCGAUCUGUGACGGAGUUGAUACAAUCGUUGUACCCGAGUAACUGAUCGCAAACACCAAUGAACUGUUGUAGCAGCAAGUGAGGUUUCGGGAACUUCCGAUAUCACUAAAAAAGAAAACAAGAGUAGCAAGUGAUACAUGCAGAAGAGUGCACAUGUGCAUGAGUGUGUUUAUGUUUUGGUCUUUUUUGUCGGUCGGCAAAAUUCUUUGUGGGUCUUGGAGGAACAAAUGAAGGAGCCCGAAUAAAUGCCACAAUUAAUUUGAAUAAUCUUGAAUGAAGAAAUACAAAUUUACAUAAUUUGUAUACACACGGGACGCAGUAGCAGCGGCAACCGAAACAAACAACAAUAGCAAAAGUUUUCGUGGCAGCAUCCGUACAUAGUGAACAAGUAAAGUUUGAAGAUAAAUAAGAAAACGAAAAUACAGUAAAAAUUCCAGCGCCAGUAAAACAAUCCAAAAGAAUUAGAGAGAAGAAUAGAGAAGAUAUUAGCGAAGAGCAAACAAACUGAGAGAUGAUUGAUUGAUUCUAGCUGUACUGGAGGAUUGAAUUAUCGAUAUUCGGUAGGCAUAUGAUAGGCUGGAGAGUGGCAUACAGGGUGUUGAGUGGAAGUUAGCAGAGGCUGAUAGAGAAAACAAGUCUCUGAUUUGAUUACUUUGACGUGAUCAACAUUUUUUUGUGAAUCUUGUGAGAUCGACAGUCGACAGUCUGCUAAGGCUGAUCAGCCGAACGGAGUUUCGGAGUGAAACUUGAAAGCAAAUUAGGACAAACAACGUCACCUGACAAGGAAGGAAUACAAUUUCAUCGGUGCUAAGGUGUGUUAUGCUAGUGAACCAUUUUCUAUAAUACCGGAAAACUGAGCCCCAAUUUGGAGCCCUACCCCGCCAGCGUGGAAGGGCUUAACAGCCCUAGAGCGGUGGGGAUGGCCGCCACCACGUACAUAUCGCCCAGCGGUGAGCUGGAUAUGGCAUUAGGCGGCGGAUACCAUACAUCUUCACCGCGGAGUGCAGCUGAUGCGAACGAAAUGAAGUAUAUGCAUCAUCAUCACCACCAGAGUCAUCACCAUGUGCCCUCUAGUCCUAGUCCGAACCCGGCUGGAUUGGGUUCGGUGACGGGUGGUCUGGGUGGUGUUGGUGGUAACCCGUGGGCUGCCCUUCAACCUACAGAUCCAUGGGCUCUGCAUUCACAUCAUCCUCACUCUCACCCGCAUGCGACAGACGUGAAGCAGGAAAUGCAUUUAUCGCAACAAGCCCGAGCACAACAAGGUAUGGCUUCACCACAUGCCUGGCAUGCACCCGUGCAUCCCGGAACGCAUUACGCUACCGGAGGAUCUCCACUACAGUACCACCAUGCAAUGAACGGUAUGCUCCAUCAUCCUGCUCAUCCUGCUCAUCACCAAAGUGCACCGCCUCUACAUCACUCGUUACGGGGUGAGUCGCCUCAGCUACAUAUACCACACCACCACCUGCAAGGCGAUCGGGAUGUGAGUGCCGGCGAAGAAGACACUCCAACAUCCGACGAUUUGGAAGCGUUCGCAAAGCAAUUCAAACAAAGACGAAUUAAGCUAGGAUUUACACAGGCUGACGUAGGCCUAGCACUCGGCACUCUGUACGGCAACGUUUUCUCUCAAACAACGAUAUGUCGAUUCGAGGCUCUACAGUUAAGUUUUAAGAAUAUGUGCAAGCUAAAGCCAUUGCUGCAAAAAUGGCUCGAGGAGGCUGAUUCAACCACAGGCUCACCAACUAGCAUUGACAAAAUUGCCGCUCAGGGUCGAAAACGAAAAAAGCGAACCAGUAUUGAGGUGUCGGUAAAGGGAGCCUUAGAACAACACUUCCACAAACAGCCGAAACCAUCGGCACAGGAAAUUACUUCGCUUGCCGAUUCACUUCAACUAGAGAAGGAAGUAGUCCGAGUAUGGUUCUGUAACCGACGGCAAAAAGAAAAACGGAUGACACCACCAAACACGAUGGGUGGUGACAUGAUGGAUGGAAUGCCGCCUGGUCACAUGGGUCACGGAGGACACGGCUAUCAUCCACAUCAUGACAUGCACGGUAGUCCGAUGGGUACACACAGCCACAGCCACAGUCCGCCCAUGCUCAGCCCUCAGAGUAUGGGAGGUGGAGGGCACCAUCAGUUAACGGCCCACUAGCAAUCAGAGCACCAGGAGUCCAGCAAUAAUCCGGCGGUGUUUCAACCGAUUCACCACCCUGGAAUCCUGCAACCACAUUCCGCCGCUAUCUCCUCCUCCAACAACGGAAAUAGCUAUAGCAUAGCAUCGACCACCACAAAUACCUCUUCACCACCGUCGUCGACGUCGUCAUCUUCUAACGCGGCUGCAGCAGCAGCGGCCGCCUCGGGAGCAUCACCUUCGUCAUCGGCGGCGGCUGCUGCCGCGCAAAUGUACAUAGAUCACAGGCAUCACCAGCAGCAGCAGCAGAUGCACGCUAGGCGAAUAUUUCAGGAAUGGACUCUGCAGUUCGGACCAACCGGAACAGCAACUGGUGCACGAUAUCUAAACUGAAUAAGUAAAAUGACAAACGAAACGGUAGUCAACAGGGGCCAUGUUGGCAAUCCCGCGGGAUCGACAUCAAUACCGCACCCGUAACACUUACACACGAAAACAACAAAGAAACCAGCUAGUAAAAUAUAAAUAAAUUUGAUGCCCUCUAAAUGAAUAGUUUAACUCAAAGUUAAAACGCUGAACAAAAGUAAAAAAGCAAAAAGUGGUGACUUAAAUACAAUUGGUGAAAUCCGAUCAAAACUGUGUUUACCUGUACAUAGAAGAAUAUGAGGAGUAAUGCUAAAAUAAGAUUAAUAUAAUCAGUAUCGUGUAAGGAAAAAAUAGUAUGAAAAGUAGGAUUUAUAUACGAGAUAAUACAAGUAAAACAAACAACACAAGAGCUAGAUAGAAAUGAAUGAUGCAAAAUUGCAAGAACGCAAAACCAGAGAAGUUCUAGUGAUAUAUAACGAGUAAAUAUAUAGCAUGAAACCACAAAUGUGAAAAAUAUAAUGGGAAACAGAAAAUGUCACCAUCGAAAAUGAGUUCGACUGUAAGUAUUCUAUUUGAACUACUAAAACCGUGAAUCGUUUACUGUGCGGCAAAAUAGCGACGGUUUAAUAAUAGUUCUGGAAUUCGGUGCGUAUAAACGCCAAGAUGUGGCCUCCUUAGAAUCCGAAGACGGUGGUCCAUUUCACAGUUGAACGCUGGUCGUUCUAAACGAUUUCAGAAAAUUGUGGCAAAUUGCCGCGGUAAACCUUCGGGAAUAACCCGGGUUAGAAAUGUGCGGUCGUAAAUUUUUGAAGUAUCGCUCGUUCUACCUUUCCCGUUUCGUACCUUAUCUUCUUUCUCAUCAUCUCGCCGCCGUAUUGGUAGGUGCUUAAAGUUAUUGUGCCUCGUGCGGGAAAUUUCCUGUUCAGGAAAUUCCGGUAGUAUCCUUUUAUGAGCCGAGACCCCGACGGCAGGCCGAUUAGUGUUGAUUGCUUUCGCUCGCGUUGCUUUCACACCUUCUGCUGCUAGAAGUCGGAACAGGAGUUUCCAUCUGUUUGUCGGUGGAUGGAUCCUGCUUAGCUGGGUCAACAAGGGGCAGAAAUAUUGACAGUUUGUUUUUGCCUUUCUUUUUGAGACAUUUCAAGGAAAUCCCCUCGACGCCUGCCUAGAUCGGCACCUUUUUUUUGCUGUACCCGGCUUGCCUAAGCCGGGAAUUCCCUUCUCAAAGGCGAUCGAUUUGUCUAUAAAAAUUGAAUGAUAUGAAAUGGGGAAUUAGUUUUCGAUGGAGAGUUUUUCCUUAAGGGCGUGGGAUGAAGACAAAGACAGGAUGGAGAUCGUAUACCAGUGUCCACAGCAGUAUACCGAAUCGAAACGAAGGACAUUGAAUAAGUAUGAAAUAAUUGUAAUAAAGCAUGCGAGACGAAGUAUAAAACAAACAUCGUUGUAUAAAGCAUUUGAAAAUAUGACAAAACUGCUGCAAAAAGUGUACGAAACAAUUCAAGAACUUAGAAUACCAAUAUUUGUAUAAGGGAAACUGUGUAUGUACUACAAAAACGGGGAAAAUUCCACUAGAAACAAUUGUUCAACCAUCAUUCCAAAUACGAUCCACAUGAUUAUUUUUCUUCAAAUUUACUGUUAAAAUGUCCUUUAUUAUGAUUCGCACAAUACUUUUGAUGAAGUGAAAUGCUAACGUAAUGUAAAAUGUAAACAACCGUACUAACUGUAAUGUCUUUAGCGGUCACUGAUAACCCAAAUUCGAUUAUUUCCUCUUCUUUGGGUUGUUCCACCAUCCACCGUCGCUAAUAAGUUCUUCCAACAAGCUAUGGUUUUCAACAUCCUAGUAGCUUGAGUUUUGUUUAACACUUCAAUUGAUCGUAGACGAUCUUACUCUUUUUUCAACAACUUUUAAACUGUCCAAAAUAAUCACAAAGUAGGCUACAAGUGUUAAGGUCUAUUUAGAUUUACACUAUCACAAUGGCGGCUACGAUCUACGAUUUUAGUGUGGGUCAACUUAAUGGUAUGGAAUAAUUUCAAUCAAUAUUAAAAUUUUUACUUGAUGUCGAUCAGUCCUAAAAAGUCUUAUCUAGUAUUGUAAGAACUAGCGUAAUAGUAUUAAUAGCCAUCUCAUUAGUAGAGUAAACACGUUUUUGGACGGAUAGUCGGCAUCCAUUCAACGAACUGUGAUUAAAUUUGGAACGAAAGCGCCGAUUUUCAUUCAGAGCCAACACAUUGAACAAAGAUAGCAGAUCUUACUCUACCUAUUGGUUUAUAGUAUUUCAUAUACGAUGAAUGGGAGUGUCGUUACCCUAGUUAUUUGAUCCAACUUCGUAUAAUCUCUCAUUAUUUCUUUCAAAUGUAUUUUUUUUUAAUUUGUACCAUUUUAAAAAAGUCUUUACUGCACGUAAUUCCAGUAAAAUUUUAUUGAACUUUAAUCACUGGUUGUCCCAUUUAGAAUUUGACUAACAAAAAAAUUUAGAACAAUUGAUUCUCAAGUGAAGUUAUCAAUGUUAAAAACUCAUGAAAUAUGUUCAUUGUUAUUCAACAUCAUGUUUUCAGGAAAGGAGAGAAUAGUGACAAUUUGAUACGUGAAAAUGUGGCUACCCACUUUUAUGUACUAUGAUAGAAACCUGAUAUAAAAGAAGCAUUUAAAGUCUAUAUUUUGUAUACCGAGGUUCUAACCUUACAUUCAUUCAUUACCUCUCUGGUAGGAUACAUUUUUUUGCUUUCUGUGUGGGGUUAAAUAAUUUCGUUUUAUUGAAACAGCUCAGUUUCUUGUACUGAUAUCUGCUCUAUGUGGUUGACGAUUGAACACUCAACGCACAAGUAGUAAAUUUUACUUCUAAACUAUUCCGGUUAGUUAUAAUAUUAGUAAUCGUAUAAAAUUAGCCGUCAUUGUGAUAAGUUUGAAACUAAAUAAACCAUUACGUGUAUACCAAAUUUUUGUGAUCUUCAUGUUCUAUGGCCAUUGCGAAUAAAGUUAUCAUGGAGAAAGUUUUGAAAUUAUACCCAUUUCUAAUACUGGUAUAAAUUUAUUUGGCUUUCUUCACAAAAUUUUAGUGGAUUUUUCAAUUUUUUCUAAUGAGGUGAAUUAUUGCUUUUUAGUAAAACCUUGAUCACAUUGAAUAACAGAAUUCAAUUCCGGUUUUUUUUGAAUUAUGAAGCUCAGUUGACAGUUUAUGCGCUAUGAAAUUUCGAUCGAAAAUCGAAAAUCUGGGGAUUUCAUGUAAAAUUCGGUAUUAUCCUUUUCACGAGUACAUGAAUACAAGUAAAAUGCAUUUUCAGCUUUUUAAUACCGGAAAUUAUUAUUCGGUAAUGGUUAACUCUAUUUCGUUUUUUCUUCUCCUUUGGUUCGUUUCUUCCGAAGAAUAUUUUUCACAUGUGGAUAGUUUUGGCUUCCAGUAGGCAUCACAUGACACCAUUCAUAUGUACAAUCAAUCCCUAAACAGAAACAGUGGCUAAGUCAUUCCCUUUGUUUAUGUGGUACACGUAGGAUCGAGGAAUAAACUAAACGAAUAGGUUUAAAAACAUGAUAACACACAGGGUAAAAAAUAUUGAAACUAAAAUUCCAUUUAGACUCGUUCCGAUUUUUGUUCAGAUAACCGUUUGUCUCAAUUGGGCCAGUAAAGCCAAACACUAUGUUCUCAUUCGUCUAAGUUGAUGCGAUAGUUAAGAAUUCGACAUUUCAUGUGCUUUUCGAAAUCAUUAGUUCAUCUGUCUGUAAACAUUCCGUUUGUUUUGCAUUUGUUGCACGUUUGGUAGAAGCGAACAUUCAUCUUGCUCGCUUGGCAAAGCUGCUUCAGUGGCAGAUUGUAGAAUCUGUACUUGACUUAACUUUUUAUGUGUUAGACGUUUCGAAUUAAGAGAUUGUAAAGGCGAUAUCUCAUUUUUGUUAUUUAAUGUGUAGAAAGAAAGUGAACGAAAACGACAACAAAGUUUAGACAGAAAAUGCUUAUAAUUCUACGGUUAGUUAAUUGUGAAAUCGUGAAACAUGAUUGAACUUAAUAAAGGUUUAAGUGAAAACACAAAGUCAUGCGCAAAUGUAAGUAAGGUAAAAGUACAUAACACUUCAUUAUCGAAAGAAUCUGCAUAAAGGAAAGUAAUAAGUGUAGAGGUGAGCAGCAACCAAUUCAUGAAAAAUAUAUGAAGAAAAAAUACAAAGAAAUUAUAAUAAACCAUUUAUGAGUUUGUCAACUGUAAAUACCUGUAGAAAGACGUUUUCGUUUAGUACGUUUUCCGUUUUCGUUGCUAGCAAAGAUUCAAUGCCGUGUUCAUUGGACUAAACAGUUUUUUUUUGUGUUUAUGCGUAACUUAGUUUCGUUUAAUCAAAAUUGGCACUAACUAGAGUUGGAAAAAAAAUCAAACACUUUAUUAAAAGUAAAGUCAUCGAAAAACGAAUAGUUUAUAUAAAACGAUCAUAAGCAUUCCAUUUGAACGUUAAGGCUAAAACCAUUCUGCAAAAUUUGUCCAAAACAAUGCUAACCAGAGACAGGACUCAAUUCUUAAUUUGAUUAAUCGUCUGGAUUCUUGCAAAGAUUACAUUUACUGAUUUAUUGAAAACAAAAAUUGUGACACGGAGACACACAGAGAAGAAAGAUUAAGCUAAGUAAUUAAUUAUUAGAGUUAUUAUUAUUCUAUUAUAAUUAUUAUACACAAAAAGGCAACAAGAAAAACCAAUUUUAUUAAAAAUAUUUAUGAUGAAAACAUAAAAA